ACAAAGCGCCAACAAAGGUCCUGGCCUCACAGUAGGCGGCUCCUCUUGGAAUUCGGGGAAUUUAGUCGUGAACUAAAUUUCAGAGACUUCAAACUUAUCAUGCGACAUAAGGAACCGCAUUUGAGCCCUAGAUGCUACUGAUAUAACGUUAUUAAAUGGUAAUCUAGACCUUGAUUUGCAAGACCCAACCCUACAUACGUUGACGGGUCGCUGCCCUCAUUCAUUUACUGAGCGCAAGAGGAGAUUACAUGCAAAUUACCAACGGGGCUUGUGUGACAUUCUGACAUCAAAAUCUCAUCGCCCUGAUGCCAGAAUACCGUUCAAUCGAGGAAAAGCCUGGCGGAUUUGACCAAGAAGCCAUUACCAGGGAACUGAGUAUGCACGCUGCCAGUGGACCCAGAGCUUUGCUUUUGUGGUCACGUCAACAAACCGAGGGUUACAAGGACGUGAACGUUUAUAAUAUGACAACUUCGUGGAGAGAUGGUCUCGCGUUCUGCGCAAUAAUUCAUCGCUACCGGCCUGAUUUAAUUGACUUCGAGAAAUUAUCAAAAGAAAACAUCGUAGAGAAUAAUACUUUGGCGUUUAGCAUCUGUGACCGACAUUUUGAGAUCCCGGCCUUACUAGAUGUCGCAGACAUGGUGGAAUGUACGGCACCGGAUAAAUUGACAGUAAUAUCCUACGUCUCGCAACUGUUUAACUACUUCAAGGAUAAAACGCCAGCCAACCAAAACGUCUCCACCAAGAUGUCUGCCGUACCGAGCAAAGUAAAGCCAGACCCUGUCUCUGGCGGUAAGCCUAGCAAGCGAGUCUCGCCAUACGCGCUUGGUGGCCGCGCUAAAAGGAUCUCAUCAGCUCUGAAGAACGUGUUUCGAUCGGAAAGCAAGGACGAACAUCAGGCGAAAGCGAUCAAGGAAGCCAUGGCUAAACAGGCCAGCUUAGAGUCACUCAGGGCUGUACAAGAGGAGAAGCCCGAGGACACCAUUGCUCCCAUGAUGCAGUGCAUGCCGUCGCUGGGUACAGCGUGCCUGAUAUGCGGCGAGAGAGUCUACCUGAUGGAGAGACUGGUGGCCGAGAGACGACUCUUCCAUCGCGCAUGCUUCAGAUGCAGCCGCUGUAACUCAAGCUUGCGGGCGGGCACUUACACGUUCUUUCCAGAGUCUGAGAGUUUUUGUUGUCUUUAUGAGUGCAUGGGAAUCGCGAGAAACAAGCAAGACAAUAUCAAAAUCCAGCUGCAACCAAUCACCGACAACGCUCUGCGCAUGGCAGAAACACUCAAUGCGCGCACCGCUGAAAGUGCUCGGAGUCGCUCCUCGACAGGGACGACGGGAAGCCGACCAGGAGAAGAGUCUCCUCAAAAACAGUUCUCAGUGGUGAAGAAAACGUCCAUCUCUAUCGGUGCGUUGCCAUUGAAGAGUUUUGCUGAAGUGACACCGCGACCUCGCAGACAUGGCAGACAAGGACGGAGAUCAGGGAGACGAGGGCACGAUAGAAGCCGAAGCAAUAAAGAAAAGGAGGACUCUUCUGAGUCGAGACGUAAAAGGAUCGUGCCAGAAAAGUUCGAGGUUAAGCGUGAAAGCGGCAAAGUGAAGUCAAGCAUUCUCAUCAAACCGUCCAAUCCAGUAAACUCUCCGAAGAACGUAGAUAACGAAUCUUUAUCAUCGAGUAAUGGUAGCAGCAACAACAACGACAGCGGAAAAGCAGGACUCAGAAAGAUCGCUACAUUAAACGAUGCGUACAAUAGGGAAGAGGAUGAACGCCCUCAACAAGGCGGCGUUCAGAUGCUUCUCAGUAAGUUCAAGAACAUUGACGACAUGAUAGAAAGCAAGCACAAGAAAAACAUCAGCAAAAAGAACGAGCUAAUCAAACGCGAGAUCGAGAGUGUUCUCCCCAGCUGGCGACAGGCGAAUACCAUCGAUACACGGAAGAAAAGACCACCGAACUUACCCAAGCUUACUACGGAUGAGAGGUGUAAUCAAGACAGAUCCGAUGAGGGUAAAUCUGGUCAUGAGUCGGAUGCUGAGUCCAGUUCUUCAAGCGAUUUGAGCAGCACGUGUCACUCAUCACGUGGCCGUGACGUCAUCAGCAGCAGACCAAUCAACAACGACCGUUCAAACACACAGCAGCUUGACAGGAUGGAAACUACGCAAUCAAAAGAUAGACCCCCUGCAGAGUCGGAUCGCAAGAGAAGCUGGGAUAAGCAGCCGAGCCCGCGGAUAGGACGGAAGAACCAGCAGCAGCUCACGAUACCAAGCGACUCCAGCUCUUCUCCCUCGACUUCUCCCCAGCCCGCACGGAGGAACAUUCCAAUUAUCGUUAGACCUUCGGAUGGUGACUCCAAUUCCGAACCCUCGAUCGACAAGCAGGACUCCAGCCGAGGCUCAGAGCCCCCACCGUCCCCUCUGUCAUCACAGCCGUCACCCAAACGAUGGUCCAGCCAGAACUCACUCGGAGAGAACAGCUCGACGAGUAGCUCCCCUCGCAUGUCGAUCAUCAUCGCACAAGAACCAUCGAUGACUAAGAUCAACAGCAGAUACUUUACGGUGGAGACUUGCCAGAGCACGGGGCAGGAAGGAGACGUCAUCAUGGAGGAAUGUGAGGACAGCGAAACCAUGCAGAUAGAGGGGGAAUUCAGUUUCGGUAAGGAGUUUAGCAAAUUUAACAAGGCUCAGAAAGAGGCGCUGAAGACUCUACGAAAAAUGAAGGUGACUCGGGAGAAAUCUGACCAAGUCAAAGAGGAAGAGGUGAGCCUGUCGCAAGAGGAGAUGACCGCUGAACUGAAAGCCCUGGAGACGCUCAAUUACGACCUGGAGCUACGAGGAGUAGAGAUGGAGAAGCUGUUACGACAUAGCAUGGAGUCUGACCACCCUCUUGAUAACGAAGACGAGAUUCUCAGAGAAUGGCUGACGCUAAUUCACGAAAAGAAUGUUAUCUUACGCAGAGAAUCUGAGCUCAUCUAUCUAAUGCAGUUCCAUCAAUACGAGGAGAGAUAUUGGGCUGUAGAAUGCGAACUACGCGGUCUCGUUUCCAUGCGUGAUGAGGUCAAGUCUUCUGACGAUGUCCGCCGCGAACGAGAUCUCCUGGCCGAGCUACUGAAUCUCGUGCAGAAGAGAAGUUUUAUUGUCGACAGUCUUGAGGAGGACAGGAUCAGAGAGAAACAGGAAGAUGAAAACAUCAAGCACGUGCUUGAAGAUGGUGAGUAGAACAAAGGACUAAACGAGGCGCCAGUUGACUCCUGGGAACAGAAGCCUGACUACACAAAAGUCGCCUUCUCCCGCUUUUAUUGCUAACAUGAACAUACACAUGCUGUCGAAAGCGCCCGCCUGGAUCCAGUAGAACCCAGGCCCUUUUCUACGUGUGAAUAACUGCUAUCACGUCACGGGUGCCUGGUGCUAAUACAAACUCGCUACACUAUUUACCCUGCUAGCAGAGCUUUUUGUUGUUUGUUUCUAUCUGUUCACUUAUCCGUGUCGCGACUCUGUUUUUUUUUUCGCGUUUUCGUUUGUUAAACAAACUGCUAGCAGGGUAUACACUAUUGGCGAGUAAGUACGCAGCUGCUUUGUCUCCUAUUAUCUAUUAUUAGUAGCUACCCCAUACUUUUAUAAAGCCGGUGAACGAACUAUUCGCUUGAAGGUUCACAAAGUUUGACAAAUAAAUUGUCUUACCACAUUUGCA